AUGACUAUCGCAUGGGCUAUCUGGUUUUGUAGGAAUAAAUAUGUCUAUGCUCAUGAAGAUCUUAAUGCACAAGGAAUGGUGGUUUCCUUCACUCAUAUGGUGGCUGAGUUUAUCACAUACAAACAAAAGGUGUCCUUUUCUCCCACCCAGUCUGGAACAAGUGUUUUAAAUGCUAAAUGGAAGCCUCCUCCUCAUGGUACAUUGAAAAUCAACAUUGAUGCUCAUGUAGUGGAAGGUAGAUAUGCAAAUGUGGGGGUGGUGGUUCGAAAUGCUGCUGGAACCAUCACGUUGGCUGCGGUUAAGCGACUGGAAGGAAGGUGGGAGGUUGCACUAGCUGAAGCCGCUGCUGCGCGCUAUGGAUUGAUGGUGGCUAGAAGGUAUGGGUUUGAGAGUAUAUGGCUCGAAGGUGAUGCUCUGGAGGUCGUGCAAGGAGUCCGAAAAGAGAUGGAGGGUUUUACUCCACUUCAUAUGCUUUAUGAUGAUAUUAGAUGGCUAUUACAUGCUUUCCGCAAUUUUAUGUUUUCUCAUGUUAAAAGGGCCGGGAAUACUGUAGCUCACUUAAUGGCUAGGAGAGAUACUAGUGAGAAUGCAGAAAUUAUUUGUAUGGAUCCGUUUCCCCAAAGUUUGAUCACUUUGGCGGAACUUGAUUUGCAUUAA